AUGUCGAACGCCGGCGAAGUAACCGUAGUGAUAGUUCCCUUCCCAGUACAGGGCCACCUCAACCAACUCCUCCAUUUGUCCCUCCUUCUCUCCACCCGCUCCGGCUUAGCCGUCCACUUUGCAUCCUUGGCUUCCCACAACCGCCAAGCGAAGCUCCGCCUCCAACUCCAAGGCUGGCCCCUCUCCUCCCUCUCCUCUGUCCACUUCCACGACCUCCCCCUUCCCCCCAUCCCUUCCCCUCCACCCAAUCCUCACUCCCCCAACUCCUUCCCCACCCACCUCCAACCCCUCUUCGACGCCACCGACCUCCUCCGCUCCCCCCUCUCCUCUCUCUUACACUCCCUCUCCGCCACCACCCGCCGCCUCGUCGUUGUCCACGACCACCUCAUGUCGUUCGCGGGCUUAGAAGCCGCUGCGAUCCCCAACGCUGAGUCCUACAAAUUCUAUGGCCUUUCUGUCGCCUUCCUCGGCGAAGUAGAACAACUGAGGAUGAAAGGAACCGACUUGGAUGAGUUAUUUUCGCCGGAGUUCCGAUUGUUUACAGAGCGGAGGCGUAAGGAUGAAUUCCAGAGCUCCGGCCUCAUCAUCAACACUUGUCGGCUGGUGGAGAGGAAUUAUCUUAAAAUUCUUGCCAGGACUGAGGCUUAUUCCUGCGUGCCAGUAUUCGUAAUUGGGCCUCUCAAUCCUUUGCCGCGGCAUGAUAGACCAAAUACUACGCGCGACGAGUGCUUGGAGUGGCUGGACAGGCACCCGCCUUGCUCCGUCGUGUACAUAUCUUUCGGAAGUACAAUAAUUUCCGACGAGCAAGUGGAGCAGCUCGCCUCUGGGCUUCUUCGAAGCGGGCAUCGCUUUUUUUGGGUCCUACUGUACGAGAGCAGUAGCCGGCUGCUGUCGGCUGGUUUCUUGAAGGCGGUGGAGGGGGUGGGGAAGGUGGUGAGGGGAUGGGUGCCGCAGCUGGACAUUUUGGCCCAUCCAGCCACGGGUGGUUUCAUGAGCCACUGUGGGUGGAACUCGUGCAUGGAGGCGGUGAGCUGCGGGGUGCCCGUGAUGGCGUGGCCUAUGCAUUCGGACCAGCCAGCCAAUGCGAGGCUGCUAGCGGAGGGGUUGAUGGUUGGCUUGGUGGUCAGAGGUUGGGAUCGCCGGCGUGAGGUGGUGGCUGCAGAAAGGGUGGAGGAGGUGGUGAGGAUGGUGAUGGAAGGGGAGAAAGGGAGUUGGAUGCGAGAGAAUGCGAGGCGGAUCAGCGAAGCGCUCAGGGCGACGAGGAACGAUGGAGGGUCAUCGAAGGAGGCGUUGGAUCUGUUGGUUGGGCAUUGGAGAAGAUAA